AUGCAGGGUCAACUGAUGCAGCUCAGGAGCCUUGUAAGACUUCCCAAAGUCUUAUUCUGUGUGAGGCAAGGAAAACUCCAAGGCAGCUUUGCCCGUUUCUGCACCGCUUAUAUAUAAAAGCAUCCAACCUGGACUGCUUGUUUCAAGUUUCUGCAACUAAGAUCUGGCUGCAGGCAAGAAGCAAGAAGAAGUCCAAUGAAGAGGAGCACCAGAUGAGGCAAGCUGCAGAAGCUGUGGAGAUGAGAGCAACAGGAGGAAGUCUAUGGAAGCAGCAACCACACGCUCCUUGAUGUCUGCAGAAAAUCUAAGUCUUCCCCAGGUGAUUGUGAUGAGUGCCAGUAUGGGUUGCAGCCACUGCAGGCAAAGGGUCUCAAAGGUGGUCUCCAAAAUGAACACAGGCUUGCUGGAUUACAUGGUGGACUUGCGGAAGAAGGAGAUCACAAUGAGAGGGGUUGUGGAAAGCAAGAAGAGAAAAGUAGACGAAGAACGAAGAAGUUACAAGAAGAAAUCACCGAGAUCGUUGGGAUUCCUUAGGAUGAAUUGUUUCAGCUGUGGUUGAUGGUUUCAGAUUUGUAGAGACCAUAUACUUGUCAUUUACUUUGGAGAUUGCGUGUGUUCAUUGACAAAAAAUUGGGAAUCAAACUUGAAAUCCAUUUUAAACGA